AGAUUUCCGUAGCCAUUUUGGCUCAGACAGUAUGCGGCAGUUGGUAAUACGCACUUCGGUCACGAUACCACACAAUGCCAUCUGUUUCGAAGCUCACAGCUGAGACCACUGGCAGUGGCAAGCUCAUUGCUGCACAGCAGAGGCUUCAUGCGCCUGCAGAUCGCAUUGAUGAGCUCAAGGUUUCUCUGACGAACUCACUGUGUGAGAUGAUCAAACAGCUGGCUGAACCGCUCGACAGUGAGUCUGCGACUGCGCUGUUUGAGCGCGUCAGCGAGACGCACUUCGACACGACGCUGCAGUUGAAGAUUUCAGAGGCCAUCGAAGAGGCGUUGUUGUGCUCACGAACGGCGCCCAAACUUGCACCUACGGAGAAGCAGAUGUGGAAGAAGAAAUCACAUGCAGUGCUGAAAUAUUUCACCAAGUCCGACUGGGAAGUUUUCUGCUGGCCUGACACGCCCUUCAACGCAGUUGAGAAGGUGUCGCGAGCCGUGCAUCGGCUCUCUCGUGGUGGGCUCUGCAUACCUUCACCUCCUCUGUGCGCAGACAUCGUUGCGAUGCUUGCCGCUGCUGUGUGCGAGCAGCCAGUUGACGAGGUGCUUCUCUACAGGGAAGUUCACAAGUUGAUGCAAUCGUUUGAUGGCGUCGAGCUCGACCCUGGCAUCGCAGAGCUGCCCGUCAUCAAGCAGUGGCCCGGCUCGCCGAACGACUUGCCAGCAGUUGUGAAGAGCGCUAUGUACCCCGACCCGGCUGACCAGGCCGUCGACAUCAAUUUGCCAGCGUUUGCGUCUGUUCGCGAGGUCACCAGCUGCAGGGACGCGAACAAGAGCAUUCGCGAGAAGAUCAAGACGACACCUACGCCGAGCCAAGCUCUUGCGAGUAUUACUUCGCCUACGCAGCACGUUGGCGGGCUUGCGUCAUCCAGCUUUGCGGCCAACAUGGGCGCAUUUUUGCAGUCUGCACAGGCGCUCGGUCUGAGCCCAGCGCAGAUCGCCAUGAUGGGCGCUCAUCUAUGUUCGGCUGGCGAUGCACCACCUAUGUCAUCUUCUAACGUCGGCCUCAAGUUCUUUACACCUGCAGGGCCAAGUGGUCCUACUGGCGGCGCUGGUGCCGCAGACGGUACUGCGGAUGGUGGUGUUUCAGUGGGGUUGGCGCCUACGAAGCGUGAUGCGCCUGUUCUGACGCUCUCUCUUCCGACCGAUGACUUUCCUGCAGCUGCAGACGGGCAAAACAAGUCUCCACCACAUGCUACGCCGCUUCCCUCUGCAGCAGCCUCUGUGGAUGCUGCGCUGGACCCCCUCGACGCUAUGGGAGCUCUAGGUCGCCGACCUCCAAAAAAUGCUGAUAGUGACGCCAAGACGCAGGUCCUGCAGAUGGAGCAGGAGCACAAGGCGUUGUUGGAAAAUGCCAAAGCGAAAGCGACAGCAGCUAAGGAACUUGCGGCUGGCACGGCCACGGCCCCUGAGGACAAUGGCAAGAAGCGCAAGUUGCAGCAGCCGGGGAAGGUGCCGCUCAAGAGGCCUGCUGCUUGUACACCCCCGACCCGCUGGUCUGCCAGCGUGCCGAAGAUGCCCGAGGCGGGCGAGGGUAUCGUCAUCUACAAGGGCGGUAAGAUCUCGUGUGCGCCGUCAAGGAAGGGAUGGAGAGUGUGGCCUAACAGUGUGUCGGUUACGAUCGAGAAGGGCAUGCCUUUUGGUGGCGACAAGCGAGUAUCCUUCAACGCUGCGCUGUCCCUGAUCGAUGUUCACUGGCGCUCGACGGCGGCGUGGCCGCCAACGCUGCGCCUGCAGGCAGUCUUUUGCACUCACUCCGCGCAUUUGCAAUUCGAUGUGGGGCUCUGUCGCGGUGUGCACGUAUGUGCAUGCGGGGUGCGACCACGCAUGCGAAUCAUGCUAUGUAUUGUGCUAGGGGUUUAACACUCAGAUCUGUCAGAAGCGUUUGGGCCGCUGGGAAAUCUAGUGAGGAUGUCGUCUUGGCGAAGCCACCGUCUGCACCGCCGC